AUUGCCUCAUAGAGAUCCUGUCCCUUGUCCCUUCAUGGAUCCUUCCAGCGAAGACCACGCCUGUGAUGGUGAACGAGAUCACUUAGGGUGUACAGUUUUCCAUAGGUCAAGAGAAGACAACAAGGUCGCAAUGUCCAUAGAAGACAGACUGUUCUUGGAGAUCAUGAAUCAAGGAAUGACAAAGGACAAGUCAAAAAGCUGGGUCGCGCCUUUACCAUUUAGACCCAAGAGACAACGCUUACCUGACAACAAAGAACUUGUCUAUAACAGAUUUAUCUCCCUCAAGCACAAACUUCAGAAGACACCAGAGAUGAAAGAACAUUUCUUUACCUUCAUGGAAAGAAUAUUCCAGAACAACCACGCAGAAAUGGCACCCGCGCUCCGAGACUCAGAGGAGCGUUGGUACUUACCCACAUUCGGCGUAUAUCAUCCUAAAAAGCCAGGCCAGAUACGAGUAGUGUUCGACUCAAGUGCCAGGUGCAAAGGCUUAUCACUAAACGAUGUCUUACUGUCUGGUCCAGACCUCAACAACCGACUUCUAGAGGUACUUCUGCGUUUCCGUAAAGAUUCCAUAGCAUUCAUGGCCGACAUACAACAGAUGUUCCACUGCUUCCUUGUCAAGGAGGAACACAGAAAUUACUUGAGGUUCUUCUGGUACCGCAACAAUGACCCUAACGAAGACAUCGUAGAGUACCGAAUGAGGGUGCACAUCUUCGGAAACAGCCCUUCACCUGCAGUCGCUAUCUAUGGUCUCAGACUUUCAGCUCAAGAGGGUGAAGCGAAGUAUGGGUCAGAUGCCAGAUCCUUUGUAGAGAAAGAUUUCUAUGUGGACGACUGCUUGAAAUCCACACCCACGAAUGAGUCGGCAAUCAGUCUCUUAAAAAGGACUCAAGAGAUGCUAGCUUUGUCUAAUCUGAGGUUACACAAAAUUGCCUCCAACAGCCGUGAGUUAAUGGAAGCCUUCUCAAACCAAGACCAUGCAAGCGACCUUAAGGACUUGGAUCUUGACACCGAUUCCCUUCCCAUGCAACGGAGUCUCGGUUUGCUCUGGGAUUUGAAGGCAGACACCUUUACCUUCCAGAUCAACAAAGAAGAAAAGCCCUUCACACGCAGAGGAGUUCUAUCUACAAUAAACAGCUUGUACGAUCCUCUGGGAUUUGUAACACCUGUCACCAUCCAAGGCAAAAUUAUGUUAAGAGACCUCACCACAGAGAUGUCCGAUUGGGAUGAUCCGCUUCCCACAGAGAAAAAGGACCUGUGGACAAGUUGGAAAAAGUCUCUUGAAGCUUUGACCAGCCUUCAUGUGACACGACCCUAUGCUUCCAUACCAUCUACAGAAGUCAAGAUGCAAAAGCUACAUAUCUUCUGCGAUGCUUCAAUCAAGGCAAUUGCUGCUGUAGCAUACCUGAAGACCAUUGAUGCCAAAGAACAAUGCCAUGUAGGGUUCGUCAUGAGUCGGGCCAAACUGACACCUCUCCGUGAACACACGAUACCCAGACUGGAGCUCUGCGCUGCUGUGCUUGCGGUAGAGUUGGCUGAACUUAUAACUUCAGGAAUGGGCCUAGAAAUCGAAGAAGUCGAAUUCCACACGGACAGCAAGGUAGUCCUAGGAUAUAUCUGCAACGAAAUUAGACGCUUUUAUGUCUAUGUCUCCAAUCGAGUGCUGAGGAUCAGGAGAUCCACUAGUCCUCAACAGUGGCACUAUGUGCCUACACAACAUAAUCCCGCAGACUACGCAACCAGAUCCGUCGCAGCCUGCCACCUGAAAGCCACAACAUGGUUCACAGGUCCUGCGUUCCUGUACCGUUCAACGGCUUGCAACAUCGGAUGUGACACAUUUGAAUUGAUAGACCCAGACGCAGAUGAGGAGAUCCGACCUGAAGUGUCUGUUCUUAACACAGUGACUUCAGAUCGUCAACUCGAAUCCCAUCGUUUCAGCAGGUUCUCCACCUGGAUGUCUCUGGUCCGUGCGAUAGCCAUCUUGAUUCAUAUAGCUAAGUCCUACACAUCUACAUUACCUGUGAGUCAGAAACCUUGUAAAGGUUGGCAUCACUGCAAGAGCGCCUUUACAGCUUCCAAUCUGGAGAGGUCCAAGGACAUAAUAAUCCACACAAUUCAACAUGAAUGUUACACUAAGGAGAUAGAAUACCUCAGGAAAGGCCAAACAGUCUCUAAAGACAGCGCUUUGAGAAGACUUGAUCCCGUCAUUGACCAAGGUGGGUUGAUGAGAAUAGGAGGCCGCCUUCAGGAAGCCAAAGUAGACUUCAGAGAAAAACACCCUAUAGUAAUUCCGGGACAUCACCAUGUCGCGACCCUACUCAUACGACAUCACCAUCUUCAAACAAAACACCAAGGCCGAAUGUUUACCGAAGGGAAUCUACGAGCCGCUGGACUAUGGAUUGUUGGAGCGAAGAGACGUGUAAGCCAGGUCAUUUUCAACUGCAUUACCUGUCGCAAACUUCGUGGUGGGUCUCAGAACCCAAAAAUGGCCAGUCUCCCAGCUGAAAGACUCAGCACAGAUCCUCCCUUCACUAACGUUGGCUUAGACGUAUUCGGCCCUUGGUCAGUGGCUACCAGGCACACAAGAGGUGUUCACACCGGUGCAAAGCGUUGGGCAGUCAUGUUUACUUGCAUGUCCAGUAGGGCAGUCCAUAUAGAAGUGAUCGAAUCUAUGGAUGCUUCCAGCUUCAUAAAUGCAUUCCGACGGUUUAUCGCCAUUAGAGGACCUGUGAAAUGUAUUCGUUCAGAUAGAGGCACAAAUUUCGUUGGAGCAGUAAAAGAACUCCAAAUUCCUUCCAAUUUGGAUACGGCCAAGGUGGACAGAUACCUAAAUGAGCAAGGAUGCACAUGGACCUUUAAUCCACCGCAUUCCUCCCACAUGGGCGGCGUCUGGGAAAGGAUGAUAGGGAUAGCAAGGAAAAUCUUGGAUUCCAUCUUCUCGCAGGUAGGGAGUACGAGACUCACACACGAAAGUCUGGUCACAUUCUUGGCAGAAGUCUCAGCCAUCAUGAACGCAAGACCGUUGACUACCCUUUCCAGUGACCCUGAAGAUUUGACGAUCCUUACCCCUGCCAUGUUACUCACACAGAAGACCAGCACCCUGAGUGCUCCAUCUGGAGAAUUUACUGAAAAAGACCUGUAUAGACGUCAAUGGAGGCAGGUGCAAAGUCUUUCUAAUGUCUUCUGGGACAAAUGGAGAAAAGAGUAUGUCUCUACCUUGCAGUCGAGAAGGAAGUGGCAAACUAACAAGCCGAACAUCAGACCUGGGGAUGUCGUGCUCAUGAAAGACCACCAAUCACAUCGGAACGAGUGGCCACUGGGCCUCAUCACCAACACGUUUCCAAGCAAGGAUGGGAAUGUACGUAAGGCCGAGGUCAAAAUUUGUAAGCUUGGCGAGUGCAAACUAUUCCUCAGACCAACAACAGAGCUCGUGUUGUUGUUUUCACCUGAGAAGACAAAUAGUGACGUCCGUUGACGCCAGACGGGGAGUGUUCUGCCCCACAUCAAGGGUUGAAGAAUCAUUACUACUUCAACAAGCUAGAAUCUGUAUAGCUAGUUACGUAACAGCGCCAUCUAGCGGCAGUAGAAAUCCACUGCAACCUAUGUUUCUUACAUUUGUAUAAAUAAAGUUCUUAAUUAUGCAACUACAGUGCAUUGUGGGUGGCUAGUGCAUUCUGGGAAGGAGAAGGGAGCCACCAUACUGUUUACAGCACAUUUGCAUAGCUCUCCUAGCAUUCCUGCUUCUUAAAUCUCCACUACCCCACAGCCAGCAUAUCUGUUUUACCACAUGAACAUACAUCGGCACACCUACGUCGAUGCUCCUGUUUACUAAUUGCAACUGACCACUUACAGUCAAACAACCUGUUAUCAAUAAACAAGUUAGAUUACAA